AUGAAGACUGCUGAGAUUAGAGGGGGUGGCGUCUCAAGUAACCAGGGGAGGUCUACUGAAAAAGACCAAGAAGGGGAGUCUGACAUCCCUAUUACACAGGCAUCAUUGGAGGAAUCAGUGCUGAGAAUUACUCCCAAGAUAGGCACAUUCUUGACUAAUGUACUGAAGGUUGGGCCUAAUACUCAAAGCAAGCCUAGUUUGGUAGAUUCAUCAUCUCCUCAGAAGGAUCUACUCAAUAAUAGCCAACCAAAUAGACAGGGUACAAGCCCAGCUCCAGAGAUCAAAGAAACACAUAUCACUGCAGUGGAGAUGGAGACUGAAAAAGAGGGGGAGUCUAACACCAAUCCAAAUAAAAUGAAGGAUCCCCCCAAAACCUGGAAAAGACUGUCUACCAUAGAAGGGAGAUUACAGAGGAAACCAGUGGCCUCUAAGGAGAGUUCAUAUCUGAUUGCUCGGACACACUCACUCUCGGCUACUUGGCUCGCGAGUUUGGCACUCGACGCACGGCUGCGGGUGCUCUCGGACACAAAAGAUCGGUGGGCUCAUUCUCUUGCUGUGUACUCGGUGGCUUUCUCAGCGAGUGGACGGGGCUGCUACUCGCGGUCUUCCUCGGCGAUGGCUUCUUGCGCGCGGCUCCUCUCGACUGCAGGGGGGCUCGCGAUUGGGGCUAGCGGCUGCUAUGGAUCGCCGACGAGAAAGGUGAUCCACGAGGGAUUUUUGGUGGACAAAAGAGGUGGUUUUAGGAGAGCUUUUUGGUGCUGUUGGUCUUGCUUCAGUGGAUGA